AUGAAGGACUUGUGUGCUGAAUGUGGAGCAAACCUAAGGAGAGAGGGUGGGCUUUCGGGAGAACGCAUAGAAGAUGCAAGCGCCAAGAUUCCCAUGGUUCAUGCCGUCCCGGAUUUGCACGUUAGCGAGAGCGUCGCUGCAGAACUCGCCUUACAAGACGAACAAAGUUUGUUGGCUGCCCGUAAACUGGUACUGCUUGUCGACCUGGAUGAGACUGUGUUACACACGACAAAUGACCCCCAGGCCUACCGAUACAAGAAUGUCAGUCGCUAUUGUCUGCCCGGUUCCCCUCUGGUCUACCACACCAGUUUUCGUCCGCACUUGAAGACUGUGCUGGAUCGCUUGUCCAAGUACUACCAAAUGCAUAUCUGCACUUUCGGGAAUCGCAUGUACGCACAUCAACUGGCCGGCAUGAUUGAUCCGAAACGCCGCUAUUUUGCCCAUCGAAUCCUGUCUCGCGAUGAGUGUUUCAAUCCCGUCACCAAAUCCGCAAAUCUGAAGCAACCGAAUGUGUUGCACCAGGCCGCCCCAUGUUUCAGUCGCUACGAUAUUCAAGAUAUCGGGAUACAUAAUGAGCUGGGUUCCAGUUUCUUCCAGGAUGCUUGUGAUACCAAGCAUUUUGCUUGGUCUAGUCCCAGUGGGAGACAGGGCAAAGAGUCGUCCGUUUCGGAAUCAUUGGCUGUUUCUUCCGCACCUGUGACUAGUGAAACUACGGAUUUGGUGAAGACCAACGGGACUGAACCAUCAACUCAGCUGCCUGUUGAACCGGUUGAUGAAGUGGCUUCUGAGCCGAAAACUCAUUUGACAAGCGACUCACAGAUUGAUGGGACUUCUGCAACUUCCGAUGAUUCAUCCGCCAAGACUGAAACCGAACGCGAUGGUUGCACCGAGCCAUCGUCGAACUCGGUUGUGGAAGCUGACCCGGAACCAGAUUCUUCUUCUGCUUCGGAAGGGACUCAUGUGCCACUGACUCCAGAAGAGCUUUUCGAAGCUGCAGACGGGAACUACCUGCUUCGCCUUCAAGAUAUUCUCAUUUCCCUACAUCGGAGCUACUUUCGUGAGUACGAUCGUUGGCGAGCCCGAAAAGCGAGCGAAAUCGACCGAGUGGCUCGACAACGUGAUGGUACAGGUGAUCAAGAAUCCUCCUCGCCCUCCUUGUCAUCUUCGCCAUCUCCGCCGUUACCGUCAUCUGACCAUCAGCAAACCGAAACUGGUUGUGUGCCAAAUCUAGCCCACAUCAUUGCGCAACAUCGGGCUAACGUCCUUGGUCCGGACUGUCACAUUACCUUGUCUGGACUGGCGCCUUCCCAUCUACCGGAGCGCUGUUUUGCUGCACGCAUUGCUCGUAACCUCGGUGCCGUACUCCAUGGAGGUCUGCGACUUCCACCCUCUCAAUCAGCACCGGUUUUAGAGGAAUCCGCUCGGGUUACACAAUCCACACACAAAGAACCCUCUACUUCGCCCGUGGAAGCUCUUGAACACGAGAACGUCGUCCACCCGCCCGGGCCGCGGAAUGUCUACACCACACAUCUGAUUGCAUGCCGUCGUGGUACAGAAAAGCACAAUGCAGCCACAGAGUUUCUGCACACGUGGCCUUGCGAUGUGUCCCCGCCGCCUUUGCACAUCGUAUCACCCCACUGGCUCUGGGCGUGUCAUUUCCACUGGACGCGUUUUCCCGAAUCUGAUUUCCCGCUAGUUCACGACUAUCACCCAAGCGAAUUCGAUCCGGAGCUUGAACCGGCUCCCGGCACUUUCCGUUAUGCUCGUCGCCAUCGGCGACAUCAUGCGGAACACGGACCGCCCCCGGUGUUGCCACGCUUGACAGAACAGCAAGAUCUUUUCCGAUAUCAUGUCCCUCAUCGUUCGUCAAAACAUCACCACCGGCAUUCCCAUCAUCACCAUCACCAUCGUAAACAUUCGCGGCAUCCAUCAAAACAGAACCCGACAGAAUCUUCUCUGUCACAAAAGAACGUCGUCCACCCGCCCGGGCCGCGGAAUGUCUACACCACACAUCUGAUUGCAUGCCGUCGUGGUACAGAAAAGCACAAUGCAGCCACAGAGUUUCUGCACACGUGGCCUUGCGAUGUGUCCCCGCCGCCUUUGCACAUCGUAUCACCCCACUGGCUCUGGGCGUGUCAUUUCCACUGGACGCGUUUUCCCGAAUCUGAUUUCCCGCUAGUUCACGACUAUCACCCAAGCGAAUUCGAUCCGGAGCUUGAACCGGCUCCCGGCACUUUCCGUUAUGCUCGUCGCCAUCGGCGACAUCAUGCGGAACACGGACCGCCCCCGGUGUUGCCACGCUUGACAGAACAGCAAGAUCUUUUCCGAUAUCAUGUCCCUCAUCGUUCGUCAAAACAUCACCACCGGCAUUCCCAUCAUCACCAUCACCAUCGUAAACAUUCGCGGCAUCCAUCAAAACAGAACCCGACAGAAUCUUCUCUGUCACAAAAAUCUGAUUCAACUCUCACCACUCCGCGUCUGGAUGUCAGCAUGGUUCAAUCAGCGCUGGAAUCGAUUCGAGCCGAACGGAGGCUAGACAAACAACGCAAGCACGAACAGCAUCGGCGUCGACGGUAUAGCGGUAGCUCCGCGCACGUGGCACCUCCGAAACGACAUCGUACGUAUUCCUCACAGGAUCAUACAUAUUCACAGUCACUCGAUCCCGCUGACAGAGACCAGAUCACACCUUCUAGUGAAAAGGGAUCAAUGCGGGCUAUUUUGUUGUAUGGCUGUGAGACUCGGCCUGUUCGAGCAGCGGAACCGAGACGUCAUCAGGUGUUCAACAAUCGUUGUCUCAAAAUCACAGCUCGUGUGGGUUGGUGUCGGCGAAUCCGUAACGAGGCAGUUAAAAAGCGCGUUUUCGGCUGUGUAACGGGUACUUCCAUUGAAGAAUGUGUCCAGCACCAGAAGCUGCGUUGGCUGGGACAUGUGUUACAGGUGGACAAAGAAUCGGAGUCCUCGUCUCCUUCAUUGUCUUCCUCCGAGGACGAACGGAAACAACCUCAGGCACGAGAUGCAUCACGACCGGUUGCUGUUGAUAUUUCGAGUCAAAACUCUGCGGUCGCCAUUGCACCAAGUUCCAAAGGACAUACUUUUCCCGUUGAUCUCACAGAGAUCGCUCAAACGGAAGAGCCACCUGAUGCUUCUGGCACAUUGGUCGAGAUUAGAGAUGCAGACGAAGGGACGGAAGAUGAGACGUUGGACUAUGUGCUUCCCGGGGACACUGUGGAGGAGGAAGAGGGAACGACGGAGAGCGAGACAGCCGUCGAGUCCCACCUGAGUGCUUUCUUACCUCCACCCAAGGCCCUGAUUCUCGCGGACAACCCGUUGCUUCACCUUCCACCCCAAGCGACCAGUCAAAUGCUAGCCGAGAUCGAAGAUGCGGUAAUGGAAGAAGAUACCGAAAAGGCCGCCUCGGUACCGGUUGAAGCAGAGUUGUUUGACCCGGCGAAACUGGGUGUGUGCAACACAGAUUCCUCGCUGUCGUCAUCAGAAAACGAAGUCCGGGAAGAGGGUGCAGAACAAGUCGAAGAUAUGAUGCAACUCGACGAGGAUCGAAUAUCAACACAACGGACUCGUGUCAGGCUUUCUCGUUCUCCGAUACCGAGACGAGUGGAUCCCGUGGAGUUGGACCAGCGUGCGCUUCAAUGUCAGGUCCAACGAGAACUGCUGCUUCGUCGCAGAUGUCGGGCCUCGCCGGAAGAAGCAAGAAAAAUUGAUCGUAAGCUCCACCGGUUGGAUACCUACCUUCGACGUCAGGACUGGAGGCGUCGUUCCGCGGACGAUUUGGCCUUUGUGACUCGCUCAUAUAGGACAAUGGCAAACCAUUCUGCGGCGCAAGACACUGAUUCGGAAGACAGUGACAUAUGGGAUGCUGACUACCCAAAGGCAAGUUCUUGCUUACAGUACCUCAUUGGUUGGGGACCAGAAACCCGGUCUCACAGUUUGCAUGGGUUCCGUUCGCAUACCACCCCGAGAUGUGUUUCAGUUUCUCCCGCAAUUCAUUCGGAUCCCGAACCAAGUUUGGAUUGGUGGCGUUCAGAAGAUGCUCAAGCGUGCGAUUUUCGCGAGUGGAACACGUGUCCUGAAGGAUACGACUACGAGGACGCGGAGCGCACUCGUGCUCUGCUCAUGCGCGAUGCGCGGGCGGGUGAGCUGCGCUCGUAUGCCGAACGAUUACACAAAACACAUCGGAGUCUGACUCGAUGCCUUUUUGGGACAGACGACGAAGGUGACGCCAGUAACGAGGAAGAUGAUGCGGAGAAUGACGAGCCAAGUGACAGCUCCGUGGAUGAAUCAGAUGAUCCAGAAGAGGAUGAAGAUUUGGACCAUGAACGCUGGGAACCUUUGAGAGAAUUCAUGUGAUUUCCUCGAAACUAUUAUCCUGCACUUGUACAUACUCUUUUUG